AACUAUUGUUAAGUUAAUGUGUUUUAAAUUACACAAUUUAUUUCUUUCAAAUAUUCAGGUUGCUGUAUUAGAAGAGUUUUGAACAUAAAAGUGCAGCCCAUCGGCGAUUUUUCGCUCGAGUUCAAAUUGUGUUUUUGAAAGACGGUCCCUGGUCUGAUCCUUCCAGCACCGCUGCGGCAUGGCUACGAGUCCGAAGAAGGAGACUGACCUCUACCGGGAUACCUGGGUACGAUUCUUGGGUUAUGCCAAUGAGGUUGGUGAAGCAUUUCGAGCUCUGGUGCCAGUGGGUCUGGUCUGGGCAACUUAUGGUGUGGCCACUGCCUAUGUGACUGCAGAUGCCAUUGACAAGGGCAAGAAGGCAGCAGUGGCACAUGGAGAAUCGCCAGGGAAAAGCACAAGAGUGGCAACUGCGGUAGUGGAUACUUUUGUGUGGCAGGCCCUCGCCUCUGUGGCCAUCCCCGGAUUCACCAUCAACAGGGUCUGCGCUGCCUCUCUCUUUCUGCUGGCCAAGACAACACGGUGGCCCCUGCCUGUGCGCAAGUGGACCACCACAGCUAUCGGCCUUUCGACAAUCCCCUUCAUCAUCAAGCCUAUUGACAGGUCAGUGGAUUAUCUCCUAGACUGCAGCCUUCGGAAGGUCUACGGGGGAGACCAGAGCCACAAGCCAUAGCUGGGUUACUGUCAUCCUGGCAAGGACGGAUUCCUCAGGGUUGCACCUUGUGCUAUUGAGAAGAAGGGUGGAGGGGGUGACUUCACGCUUUACGUGCCCAGCUGCCUUUUACUUGACAAGACUUGUUACAUAUGUGAGCCAAAAUGGACGUUAACAUUGAAUCUUUGGUCAGUGGCAGGGCGUACAACUCCGCCACAUGACAGGUCUUUGUUUAAAUUGACAGAGAAUAAGACUUCCAAAAACUACUGACCAGCAUGUCACAGAACAUCAAGAGCACAGUACUGGAUAUUUUAUGAAAUGUUUUGAGUGAGUUUGGUGCUUUUGCGUGGUUAAUUUUUGGUUCAAAUUAAAUUUCCGUAUUUCAAAUAUUAAUGAAGAUUAAUGCCAGUCAGAAAUCACUGAAGCAGGGCAGGCCGUCUGCAUUAAGGCAGCUGGUGACAGUUUACGCGUCCUAAACACGAUGCUGGAUUAACUGUGCCUGGAGCCGCCCUAACACCCGGUCUAUAUCAGAAAGAUCAAGAUUUACUUCAUGAACAACAAGUUUAUCAUAAUAUUGGAAAUAUUAAAACGUGUGCAGAAAUUGAAAUGUU